AUGCCCCCGUACGGCUCUCUACAUUCACCGUCUUUGAAGAAAUACGACAACAUGGUGGAAUAUCGAAGAACCUCCACCUUCAACUUUGGCAACAUCGUUGGUGAUCCCUUCGCGUUGGCCACAAUCUCUAUUGGACUGCUCGCAUGGGUGAUCGCAUUUGUUGCUUCGAUUGUUGCCACUGUUCAGGAAGGCAUUCCUGCGUUUCCUAAAUAUGCCUGGUGGACUGUCGCCUACAUGUUAUGCUGUAUCGUGGGCGUUACAUUCGUUUUCGCAACAAAUACCAGCCAAACCUACAGCGUUGCUGUGGUCGGCUACCUCGCUGCAGGAAUGGUCAUGACAACAUCCUCGGUCAAUUUCCUCGUAUAUCAACCCGCAGGUGCGAUGGAAGCUGCCGCUGCCGGUCACAUCUUGCUCUCCAUUGUUGCCAUUAUCUGGACCUUUUACUUCGGUUCCACACCCGCCGCCUCUCACCGAGUCUUCAUCGAUCAGUUCGCCCUCAAUAAGGAAGGCGGUGAAUUCCGUGGCCCAGCACAAAGCAUGACCAAUGUUUACAAUCAGUCACAAACAGCACCAACUACCCAACCUCCACAGAUGUAUACGUCUGCCCAACUGAAUGGCUUUGAGACUUCAUCCCCGGUGUCCGGUUACCCAGGUGGACCGGCCGGCGCGACAGCUCGGGCCUCAGUGCAGCCCAUGAGCAAUACAUCCAGUGCCCCAGCCCCAGUGACUGAGGCUCCUCAGCCCACAGAAUACCCUUACCGUGCGAAGGCCAUUUACAGCUAUGAGGCAAAUCCCGACGAUGCCAACGAAAUCAGUUUCAGCAAGCACGAAAUCCUCGAAGUCUCAGAUGUGAGUGGCCGAUGGUGGCAAGCGAAGAAGGAGAACGGCGACACUGGCAUCGCCCCCAGCAACUAUUUGAUCCUAUUAUGA